UUGACUAGUCUAGUCGAAAACUUUUACUUCAGGUAUUGAAUAUAUUUAAAACGACAACAGCUUUCGAAACUGGAGAGCCUAAAGUGGAGCUGAAUUUUUUUCUUACACAUAACAAGCAUUCUCACCCUACCCUAGUCAGUUAAGAACAACACAUCGGGCAUUCUGUCGUGAAACAUGGCUAUGUUCACGGCCUCAAGGGCUGGUGGAUUGCUGAAAUCUUUUUUCCCCGUGUCUGCGGGAUUUAUCAGCAAAACGUCUGGUACAAGUGGAGCCCAUUUUAAGAAAAAUGCUGUUUUUAUUCGAGCUUGUUCUGGAAGCGUUCUACAGAGGAUCGAAGAGAAAAAGGAAGAGGCCAUUGUUGGUGGGGGACAGAAGAGGAUUGACGCUCAACACCGUAAAGUAAGCUACUCUCUCUCAGUCUGUCUGCUGAGUUUGACUUUGACAAGAUUGAGUUCUGAAAAAGUGGUUUGUUUUCAUGAAUUAACGAGGGAACGCUACUCUUUCAUAAAUUUUCCCUCUAGCUAGCUACCCUCCCCUCCCACCUCCCCAAAGUACACAUUUCUUGAAUUUGGUGUCUUUUCUGGCGAAAUAGUGGGUGAAUCUCUUCUUUGUCCUUGCCUUUAAUUGAUGUGUCAUUCAUAAACUGAUCGUUCUACCCCUUCUGGUUAAAUUCGCCCAACUAUAUAUGUUUGAGGAUAACAGUCCUGUUAGGGGAAAGUUGAGGCCCACAAAAAGUUAUUAAAGAGACUGAGGCAAGCUUUCUCAACUAAAUAAGCUUGUUAAAUUAAGAAUUAUAACUCUUCAAAAAUAAUUUUCACAAUGUUUCACUUAUUUAUGAGGACAAAGCAGGAUGUUCAAUCCUGCGCUGAAGAUAGUAAUAUGUCUUUCUAAGAGAGUCUCACUGAGCCGAUAGAAACACAGGAUUGCCUCCACCUCACUUAGUCACAGAGCCAGCCAUAGUGUUAAGUGGCUCUCCUGUUUGUUGAUUUAUAAGAUGAAGGAUCACUGAAGCUUUAUCACAGAUAUCUAUUCCUGAGACAUGUCCUGCCCCUUAUAAGAAGGUACUUCUUUUCCUGUAUCCUGGGAGAGGCUAGUAUAGGUUUAACCCUCUGACUUCCAAGAUCUGAUUGUUAAUCCUCCCCUCUAACUGCUACAUAUAUCCUUGUAAAUAAGUUACAAGAAUUUGGUGUUAGAUCGAGGUAAAAACUUCUACCUGAUAAGUUUGAGUAUUCUCAUUACCUGUUUACUGGAAAAUGUAUGGAUAUUUUAGGGAGAAGUGAAAUGUUAAUCACUUCUGGGAGUUAAAGGGUUAAUCAGAGAACUUUGCCUCUUUUUUAGGGAAAACUAACUGCAAGAGAAAGAGUCAAGCUGUUGUGUGACCCAGAAUCAUUUGUUGAAUAUGACAUGUUUAUGGAACACAACUGCACUGAAUUUGGAAUGGAAAAUCAAAAGGUUAGUUUUCAGAUGCCUUUUCAUGAGAUAUAUUUGACUGUCCAUAAUUUAACCCAAGGGAAAUUGGGAAAGGUUCUAGUUAUUGUAAGCCAAAUUUAUCCAUCAAAGUUCACCUUUUAAUUUCCAAGAUCUGAUUAUUAAUACUCCCCUCUUCAGCUGUCGUUGUUACACAUUUCCUAGUAAACCAGAAUCUUUUCCUACUUUUUAGCAUUAAUGUUGGUCAGGUAGGACAGGAACGGAGAGAAAAUCAGUGUUUUCAUUGCAUAACUUUAAUGUUGAUAUUUACAUGUAUUUUUAGUUUACUGGUGACAGUGUAGUUACAGGACAAGGAACAAUUAAUGGACGCGUUUGCUUUGUCUUUAGUCAGGUAACAAUUUUUUCAGGUCAUUAUUCACUUUCAGAAUUUUUUGUGAUUAAAAAAACAUUGCCUUAGAUUGGCCAGACAAGAAGGAAGGGAUUGAGAAUAAUAUUUAUUAUAUUUUGAAUGUGUAGUUUUUCAGAAUACACAGUUCAUCAUUGGCAAAAAGUUUCUGAAUUUUAUGUUAUGUACUUUUUUCUUCCCUUUUAAAAUUCUAUGCUUGAUCAAGACAGAAUUUCUCUUUACAAAAUUAAAAUUCAAUACCUGGCUGACAAGUGAUGAAAGUGAAGAGGAAAAUCAAUUAGAGGAUUAUCUGAUGAUCCAACACCAAACUCUCCAAACUAAUAUCAUAUGAAUUGUAUGACAGAUAGCAAGGAGAAUUACUUAAUAUAAAAUAUUGGGAUUGAAAGCGUAAAAUUAGAUAUGAUUUAAAAUUAUGAUUUUGUCUAAUAUGGUGUAGUUGUGUUACAGGAUUUCACUGUAUUUGGUGGUAGCUUAUCAAGUGCUCAUGCCAAAAAAAUCUGCAAGGUAGGACAUGACAUCAUUUGACUUGAAAUGAACCUUCAACUAGAGGAUCCUCAUUUUGUUACUAGUAUACAUUUCCUUUGCAGUUUCUAUUUAGAGGCUUUUAUUUCAAGUAUUCACUUUCACAAAGGAUUAAUUAUAAUAGAUGAUUUGAACCCAGGGGUGACAUUUGAUGACGUAGGGUGUUCGUCCAAUUGGGAGUUGUCCUACUUGAAGGACUGUUGUUGGUAGUGGUGACUGAUGUUUUGACAACCUUGUAAGUAGAAGUCAUUAUCAGAGUGUAAAACACUAUAGCUUCAGUUUAUGUUACAACAGAUUCCCCUCAACAGUUGCCAGAAACUGCUGUACCAUACAACAACUUUUUUUAACAACAUUUACACCAAACACAACAAUGUAAAAUUACAGACAGAUUGAAUUUAACGAUUAUGACUGACUUACAUUGCUUGAGUCUUACAGCCAAUGACAUCAUGGCUAAACAGAGCAAUCAAUUAACACAAAUUUGCCUUUAUAACAACACUUGACUGACAACAACUCUCCAUGUGACUCUCUUGAUGAGUGCCACUCAAGUUAACUAAACAUUAGUCACCACCACCAUCAUCAAUCCUUCUGAGGGCUACCCUUACUUGGACAAUAAGACUGCUCAAGUUCUUAAAAAACUUCAAGUUUUGAAAUUUUUUUUGAAAACUUCAAGAACUCUUCAAGUUCUCAAAGGAAUUUCACUAUAAAAUGUUAAGAGAAAUGCAUGCGCCAUGAUUAAUCCGAACGAGUUCAUUAUAUUUCCAUAAGGCAUGUGCCUUACAUCACACAAGUGCACUGUUGAGUAUGAACACACUGUUGAGUAUGAACACACACAAUUUACAAUACAUUUUAUAAAAGAAAUAAAAAAAGGUCUUCCUUGAGCAUUGAUGAGUUAUAGACUGAAGCACUUGGGAAUUUUUAAGAACACUCAAGAAGUGUGAGAAGCACUUGCUUUCGGCUCAUGCUUCUCCGCACUCUUCUUGUGUUCUUAAAAAUUCCUGCAUGCUUGUAUAACUCAACAAUGCACCCAGCACGUUUUUUAUUUCUUUAGUACAACAUUUGUUCCAUUUCUGAACCAUUCUAUUCAAAGAUGCAAGUUAUGUUCUAAUAAACAUGAAAUGGUUAUAAAAUAUUUGCAAUUUAUCAUAAUAAACACAAACAUAACAUCAGGAGAGGGUAUCUCGUUUAUUGAUGCAGGAUACAGCGAGCGUUACAUCAUCAUAAAGAAAAUACAGUGGUGAAUAAACACAAAAGCAAAGUUGAAAGAGAUGCCUUCGAGUAGUUCUUGCAUAACUUACAGAAUCUUAGAUAGCCUAGUAGCCCCUAGGGAUUCAUCAUACUACAAGCAUGCCCAAAAUGCUUCUACAGUUAACACGAAUCAUACACUGACAAUGAACAUACUUCAUUAUCAUUAGCAAAACAUUACAAAAUAUAUUUCCAAGUCACUGUCUUAUUCACACAGGUGAUGGACAAGGCCAUGCUUGUUGGUGCACCAGUGAUUGGUUUGAAUGACUCGGGUGGUGCUCGUAUCCAGGAAGGUGUGGAGUCACUGGCUGGUUAUGCUGAUAUUUUCCAGCGUAAUGUGAUGGCCUCAGGGGUUAUUCCACAGAUCUCGCUUGUCAUGGGACCCUGUGCAGGAGGUGCUGUGUAUUCUCCAGCAAUUACUGAUUUCACUUUUAUGGUCAAGGUAUGUUUGUUAUAUAAUGCCUUACUAGUACUUAAUUUUGCAGGCUUUUAAUUUAAUGUUUUUUUGCAAUUGUAACAAAUUGCAGUUUUUCAUACAACUGACAUUUUUUUUUCUUGAGGGUGGUACGCUUUCUGGCUCUCAAUUUACAGACCACAAACUAAUUUGUUUGAUAUUUUAAAUAUCGAAUAUCUGUCUGACAAUAUUGAAAAUUCCUCCAUCUACUUUUCAGGACACAUCAUAUCUGUUCAUUACUGGACCAGAUGUAGUGAAGGUAAUUUGGUGGUUCAUAGUGAGUUUAAAUCUUAACCCUUUAACUCCUAAGAUCUGACUGUUAAUUCUUCCCUUGAGCUGUUAACAUUUCCAUAUAAAAAAGUUAUGAGAAUUUGGCUUUACUGUGCAGAUCACUUGUAUCAGAUUAGUUGUAGUAUUUUCAUAACCUGCUUGUUGUAUAAUGUAUGGAUAUUCUAGAGAGAAGUUAUGUGUUAAUCAUUUCUGAGAGUUUUAGGGUUAAAAGAUUACUUUUGAUAAUUAUUUCCUGUCUAGUAGAAGUUGGACAGCUCAUGGGAUGUCUUUAUUGUUUCAAGAAUAUAAGGACAGUUAGAAUUAAUAGUCGCACAGUACUAAUUCUUUGCUCUGAGAGGUAUGGUGCCCCAAUGGCCAAUGAACUGUGGAUUGGAAAGUCUUUGGUUUCAUUCUGGUUAGGGUCAUUAGGUGGUGUUCUAGGGGAAAGCACCUUACUCCUGCAGUGGUUGGAGUCAGGGGUCACUUCAUCAUGUCUCUAUUUUUACUCAGGAUAGCUGAUAGAGUAACUUGUAGAGUGAGGGGGAAAUUCUUGGUUGGGGUGGGGGGGGGGUGUUGAGCUGGAAUAGAUGAGGGAGCAUGGCCAUAUAUCAAGUACCUUCUUGUUAAACUUUUACACCCUAACAUCAGUUUGCAUAUUCUCCAUACUGUUCUCUAUACAUUUGCUAAGGUGCUGACAAGGUGAUCAUUUCCUUUAUUCUCAUGACCUUAAUUUAUGAUUCAGGGGUGAUGUGUUAGGAGAAAUUGGAUGCUAGUCACACCUGGAUGUUAAGGGGAAAGGCUUCAGUAUAAAUUAGGACAGGAAAGGGCUGCUAGGAUUGUAAGAUCUAACCUUUGAUGUUUUUCUAUUCUUUUCUGUGCUUUCCUUUUGGAAACAAGACUGUCACACAAGAAGAUGUCACUCAAGAGGAACUAGGAGGGGCUAAAACUCACACCUCUGUAUCAGGUAAAGAUGCGACAAGCACAUGCAUUAAAUCUGGCUUAACCCUUUACAGGGUAAUUAAAUGUUAUCAACUCAGUUGAUCACAUAAAUUGGCCAUUGUAAAGAGUUUCAAAGGUGACAUAUUGAGUGUUGGCCACUCAUCAUUUGCUCUGACAAAGGGCUAACACUCAAGACGUCAGCUUUGGAACUCUUUACAGUGGCCAAUUUGCAUUAUCAACUCAGUUGAAAGUACCAAAUUACCCUGUUAAACUUUCCCACCAAUGUAGCACCACAGUUUCUUUAGAAAUGUACCCCCCUUAUUCAUUUAACCCAUUACACCCUAACAUCAGUAUGCAUAUUCUCCAUACUGUUCUCUGUACACUUCCUAAGUUACUAACUGGAAAAAUCUGUUUAUUGAUCAAAAGCUUCUUUGUUUGGUGACCAUUUCUUCUAUUCUCAUGACCCUAAUGUGUGAUUCAUGGUUGAUAUUGUAAGGAGAAAUUAGAUGCUGGUCUCUCCUAGGGUUCAUGGGGUGAAUGUACAAAUGUAUAGAGGACAUGAGCAGAUUAAUCUUCCACUGACAAAUUUUAAAAAGUUGCACAAAGAAAACCAUGUAAUUGCUUGGAGUUAGAAGAAUACACAGAAAACUUAUGGAGUUAGUACAGAGUGGUUUGAGCCAAUUUUAGUGUUCUGUCCAGAGUAUUCCCUUUAACCCUUUUAAACUCCAAAGAUCUGAUUGUUAAUUCUCCCCUCCUGCAGCUGCUCAUUGCCUCAUAAAUUAGUUAUGAGAAUUUCAUGUUGGAUUAAGGUAAUAAAUUCUACCUGAUAAGCUUGAGUAUUCUCAUUACCUACUUGCUGGACAAUGUGUGGGUUUUCAAGAGAGAAGUUACAUGUUGAUCAUUUCUGAGAGUUAAAAGGUUAAAUAGAAUAAAACUUUAAUACACUAAGGUGGUAGGAAUAAAAAUCUCCACUGACUAAAGAAAACAAAGUCAAAAACAUUGAAAGAAGGAUUUUUUACUAUGGUGAAGAUAACUGUAGAUUAACAAUUUGAAUGAAAUGUUUUUUCAAGCUAUUUUGCAAUUGCCCUGAUCUGUAAAGAUAAACCUGAGCAAACAACUUUAAAAAAUUUUUUUAUCAGGAGUUGCUUGUGGGGCAUUUGAAAAUGAUGUGGAAGCUUUGGCCAUGUAAGUAUUUGACAAAAAUUAUAUGUACUUUAGUAACAUGGAAAAAGCAUUGUGUGCAGGUCUAAUGGUGUAAUUUUGACAUUCACAGAAGUGUAAUGGAAAUGUUAUUGACAAAUUAAGAAGAAAGCUAUGUUAUAUUCAAUAUUUUUUAUGAUAGAAGCACUUUCCAUUUUUAAAUAUUCUUUUAUGGUGGGUGAUGCAGCAGUGACUGCUUUAAAACAAUCACAGUUAAAACCUGUGACCAAAACUUUUUACAAAAAACAAAUAGAGAAGCCUUGACUGUGCUUUGUUCUGUUGUAAAGCACUUAAGAAGUGGUUAGAGCACUUAAGAAGUGGGGAGAAACAUUUGACUAUUUCUCAAGUUUCUAUCUAACACUUAUUUCAUGCUCUUGCAGCUUCCUGCAUGCUUUGCAACAGAACGGAGCACAUGCAGUCAAGGCUUCUCUUUUUGUCAAGAAUUUUGUUUGUGGGCAAGGCAUUUAACUCUCACAUUGUCUGAGGGAGAUCUCAUCUUGAUGGGAAGAAGAGGGGAAAUAGGAACACAAGUAUUUAAAUCAUGAUAAAGUUUUUGGGAAGAGCUUUGGAUCUUGGCUUUAAAUUCGUGAUCUAUUCCAUAUCUUUGUAGGAUUAGAGAUUUCUUUGACUUCCUGCCUCUCAGUAACAAGAGCCCGUCUCCAAUCCGUGAAUCGGACGACCCAUGGUAAGUUGAUGACCUAGUGGUGAUUUGUUUUAGGGCUGGGGUUAUGCUCUAGAAUCUAAAUUAUAGCAAUCGCAACAGCAAAUCAGAUAAAAGGAAAAUAUCACUAGCAGCCAAAGUGUGUUCCAUGCUCAAACGAGGUUGGAUUACAGCUCAGUACAAAGUUGCAGUCAUUCAUGUUCAGUUCUCUUUCCUCCAGUGACAGAAUAAUUCCCAACUUGGAUACUCUUGUGCCAUUUGAUUCCACCAAGGCUUAUGAUAUACUAGAUGUGAUUUAUCCGGUGAGUGGCUGUGAUUAGAGCAUUACUGACAUUAUUUUAUUACAAAAUGCAAGAGUUCUGCGGUUGUUCGCCUUCCACUGUCAAAUUUCUCCCUCCUAUCCCACCCCCCCUUGUUCUUUUCAGUCCCAGUCCUUUCUGUCAAGUGUUAUGACAACAUAACACACAGCAUACAGGCAGUCAGGGAUAAAAGUAAAGUUUUUUCUAUGUUGAACACAGAGGGAAGGUGGAAAUUAGUCAACAACACAAUCUUCCUUUUGGAUCUAUUCGAAGAAAUGUAUUUCUUUUUCUUUUAUAUUCCCAACACCAAAAUAGCGGAAAUCUCAAAUGCUACACUUUACGUACUUUCAUGACAACCAAUUUUAUCGUUAAACAAUAUCAGCAUGUGUGGGUAUCUGUUUACACGAGAGAUUAUCGCAGUGACCUCUGAGCCUGCAAGCCUCAUGCAAAACGCUUUCAUUAGUUCACUUGGACUUUAAUCGGAAUGGAACGAAUACACAAUCCUAAAUGAAGGAUAUACUGUCUGGCAGCAAAAUGUAAAGUUAAGGCAAUAAACAGCAUUUGAAGAGGGGCGACAUGCAUACUUCACAACCUUUCUAAAUAUACACCGUGUUUUAUCAACUGGACAUACCGUUAAUGCAAAAUUGUAUCAUAUUUUCUAAACCAAUCGCAGAGCGAAGUUAUGCGGAGGCAGAGCAACAUCAGACUUCCCUGAAUUGAAUAUCACUCUUCUUUCCUCAGAUUGUAGAUGACGGUGAAUUCUUUGAGAUCUCGCCUGAUUAUGCUAGAAACAUUGUAGUUGGUUUUGGACGAAUGAAUGGACGCACUGUGGGAGUUGUUGGUAAUCAACCUACAGAAGCAGCUGGUGAGAAUCAAUGAUGAUUUCCGAGAACAUAUGAAAUGACAAACUUAGAAAACCAUGCACAUCUCAGAUUUUGUUUCGCCAAUUUUAUCUUGUGUGUCCUAACCAAUUAAAUUAAAGAUCAGAUUAUGCCAGGAAACCACAGCGUUGCUUUGUACAGUUAACUUUUGUCAAUCGAGGGCGUAUCGUAGACUCUAGGUUCGUUAUACCAUACUAUACGGCUCAAAUAAUUUAUUAUUAUUAUUAUUAUUGUCUUGUUUACUUUUUAUUUGCUGGUCUAUCUCAGGUUGUUUGGACAUCAACGCUUCUGUCAAGGGAGCGCGGUUCGUGCGUUUCUGUGAUGCAUUUAACAUCCCCAUCAUCACGUUUGUAGAUGUUCCCGGAUUUCUUCCAGGUUUGCGAGUGUUUCUUAGUUCUCUAACUCCGUUACCAAAUUUCUGACCCUUAGUCAAAAGUGUAGGGACGGAAUUUUACUUGGUAAAGACGACGGCUCACUAACAAUUCUCUGCCAGUACGGUUUUGGACAAUCGCAAACUGCUUGUAACCUGUUCUUAACUUAACUCGCUUUCCUUACGAUGACAUCGCAACAUUGUAGAGAAACGAUUUUUAAGACGUUCGAACGCGUCGGCCGACAGUCCUCUUAAUCGUCGGCCGUUUACUGCUGACGCGUCGGAUGACACACUUCCAACCUGUUGGCCGACACGCUUCCAAAACGUGGGCCAACCCCCUUCCAACAUGAAGACCCACUCAUUACAACACAUUAGGCUAAGAAUGACCCAGAUGACGGCCCACACACAGUCAACACUUUUCUAACGCGUCGGCUGAACAUUUUCAACACAUCGGCAAAAUUCUUGUAAAAGAUUUCUCUCAUAGGGAGAGUAUCAGCUCGAAGUAUCAGUGUCGUUUUCUUUUGUAGGAACACAUCAGGAAUAUGGUGGUAUUAUUCGCCAUGGAGCAAAGCUGUUAUAUGCGUAUGCUGAAGCAACUGUACCUAAAAUCACUGUUAUCACCAGAAAAGUAAGCGGAAUAAGUAGCAAGUACUAGAAGUUUUUUUGACAUCGCUUGGUGAAGCUGCACCAACUGCGAUGGACUGGUAUUCCAUUCGAGGGAGGGGAGUAUUUAUACUCCUAGCUUCGGUAUCGUUUGGACUAAUAGUCUCGAAGACGGACUUUAUUUCCCAAAUUUUGCGUUUAAUUGUUUAUGUAAUCGGAAGGUACUAAUAUUGAAUCAAGGCUCUCUUUUAAGGGUUUGAGUGGUAAUUGCCUGUUUUUUCUUGUUGUUUAGGCGUAUGGCGGUGCAUAUGACGUUAUGAGCUCUAAACAUCUGCGGGGUGAUUUCAACUAUGCUUGGCCAACAGCGGAAGUAGCAGUUAUGGGAGCUAAGGUAUAUAGGCGUCAAUGUUGAUAGCCGUGGUAUUUAGAGGGAACAGUUUAAUACGCCCAGAGGGAGAGGGGUUCACUAGUUUUCAGGGCUUCCCUGACGAGGUGCUUAUCGGAGAGGGGGCCGGGCUUGUUAGAGAGGGGUGGUUAUAAAAAAGCUUUAUUAGGGCCAAAAUGUUAUUCAUAUUUUGUUUUCCGAAUCCCUACCUAGAUUUAAUUAAUACCAUGUACAUAAUGCAUUUCUUUGGAUUAAAAAAAAACAAAAACAACAAAACAACCUUAUUUUAUGAUAUUAGACUGAAGAAACCAAUAAAGGCUUUCGCUUACACAGAAUUUUUUCCUGUGAAAAACUGCUUUGCCUUUACAAAUUAUAAUUUUAUAUUGCUUAAGGGUUAUUUUCCAGGGGGAAGGCGAAAGGAGAGGGCUUUUCGCAAAGAGGGAGGCGUAGUUGACGCUAACUAGACCUAAUCGACUUUAUCGAGAAAGGGGGCUUGAUAAAGCGUGAACUGUAUCAGAACUUAUAUUACUUGUUGAUCCAAACUGAAAGUUUCUAUAGGUUCCUCCCAAAGAACAUUUUAACAAGUUCUGUUAUAUUUACCUCUCUCAUUAAGGGUGCUGUGUCAAUCAUAUUCAGAGGCAAAGAGAAUAUCGGUGAGUAUUUCUCAGAUUAAUGACCAUCACUACAUCAUCUAGUACUCAAAUUCUUCUUGAAUUCUCCUGUCCGGUAGAAAGAGUUUGCUUACACAUUUUCCAGCUCCGUCUUCUUGUGUGAUAUUACAUAACCCGUGUACAUGAUUGGGAAUUAAGUCGGAAACACUUUGCUUAAAUGUUGAGCUGAAAAAGGUCACAAACAGUCAUCGUAAGGUUUAGGACAUGAGAUUUAGGCAUAAGUUCAUUUUUCUCUCCCUCUAAGUCAGUGUUUCUGAAUUAUGUGUAUAUUGUAGUAGGUAAUUUUUUGGUAGCUUGCUUGGCCGGUAGACAAAUGGGAUGUGGGGGGGGGGAGGGGGAGGGGGGUGAUGGGGGAUACGUUAAUUUGAGCAUGAUGGGGUCUGGGAAAGAAAGUGGGCGUUUCUAUGUAGGCCCAACGGUCGCACUUACAGAAAUUCUCCCUUCCUCGUACACCUGUCAUACAAAAGCUAGAAAGACAUUAUUGAUACUUUACCUUUUUGGUUCGAAGCCUUUUGUUUACUUCUGUACAACCUUAUAGUCCAAUGUCUUAAAUGGCAUUUUAUGAAGAUUUGUGUCAGUGAAAUACUGCGAUGUUCAGUGCACCCUUGUAAUUGAUGGUUGAUAAUAGUGUUUUACAUUAAUUCCUUAGAAAAAUAUGAAGCUGAGUAUGUGGACAGAUUUGCUAAUCCAUUCCCGGCUGCAACAAGAGGUAAAGCUUGCACUCUCCUAUGAAUGUUAUUCUUAAAAAUUUAAUCUAGAUUUUGAUGUAUGUAUCGAGCGAAUGCAGUUGGUUUGAUCGCAAAACUUGAGCAGUUUUUGUUUCUCCCCUACACCUGUGUAACAGUGAAACGAACGAAAAUCAUGCCUCAGGGAAGAAAUGUUAUGGAAUUUUAAUAAAGGAAGCGUGAGUGGUUCGUCAUGACUAGUUUAGGGAAAACUCGAUGACCCUAUGGAUUGCGCGCCAAAUUCCAGAUCAUUUUGAUCCUUUUCCUUUCGAAAAUCUUUUGUUUCUUUAUCUUUUUGUCUUCGUUUUUUCGAAUUUAAUUGUUCUUUGCUACAGAAGCCGACAUAAUCUUUGGCAGUAAAAAGCCGUAAGGAUGGGGAAUGAACACGUAACGCAGUAAUAGCAUACUAUGAAAGUAAAGCUGUGAUAUCAAAUUUCUUUAUUGUUUCUCUUUCAGGAUUUGUGGACGACAUCAUUAAACCUCACAUGACACGGAAAAGAAUCUGCCGAGAUUUGGAAGUACUUGCCACCAAGAAACUUGAAAACCCGUGGAAAAAACAUGGAAAUAUUCCCUUGUAGCUGACUUUAAUGACUCCUACAUUAUAAUUAUUUGUGGAAAUUUUUAACACCAUGUCUUCCUCACUUUUGGACAAAUUUAAUCAACAUGUAAAAAGUUUUAUAAAACAUCGGGGAAGAGAAGUAUGAAUGUAUUAAAUGGUAAUGCAAGGAACGCUACCAUGUGUGUUAGCUGAAAACGUCACUGGUCGUUUUUAUGCGAAGCGUACAAGUGAGUAAUAUGGUGAUUCAAUGGGCAAAUUUCGUUCUGCGUUAGCUCAGCCUUGAGAGUCUGCGGAGAGCAUACAUCUUAUCAAACAUGGAGGAACGAUUGUUAGAUUUGGUGGAUUACAUGGGUAGGACUCAAGAGGGGAUGACAGCUCAAUUCGGUUUCUUGGAAUCACAGUAUCAAUGGUUUCUAGUACAAUCACUGUAUAUUCUGAUAAUAUUCUGCAUAGUAUGUUGAAGAACUCACCAUACUGUCUCCUAGAUUAUUGUCCAAAAACAGCAAGUAAGAGAACACAUGCACUAUGCACCACAGACAUCUUUCAGUUUCAGCAAAAUUAAAAAACUAGACAAAUCAUUAUUUGUAGCACGCAUUUUGUUUUAUCGAAAGGUAUUUAUUGCAUUUUCUGUUCUCC